UGUUUGGAGCCUCACUUUUUUCAAAAUGGAAAGCAAUCUAUUGCUUUGUGUUUUAUUAUUGAUUCCUGCCUUUACAUCAUCAGACUUUUUGCUAACACAUGUCAGAAACCUCAAGAAGCGAAAUGCUGAUAAUGACUUGGUCGUCAAUGGGAUAGAAAUCUAUAGCAUGAAAAUUGAUAGCAAAGUAACUUCCCGAUUUGCCCACAAUGUCAUCACCAGUCGAGCUGUCAAUCGUGGAAAUGUGUCCAAAGAAAUCUUCUUUGAUGUUGAACUCCCUAAGACAGCCUUCAUUACCAACUUCAGCAUGACAAUUGAUGGUGUCACCUAUCCUGGAAUUAUAAAGGAAAAAGAAACUGCAAAAAAGCAAUAUGAGAAGGCUGUUUCAAGAGGACAGACUGCUGGUCUUGUCAAAGCUUCAGGAAGGAAAACAGAAAAAUUCACUGUCUCAGCCAACAUUAAAGCAGCCAGUAAAGUCACUUUUGAACUCAUAUAUGAGGAACUGUUGAAGCGAAAGUUUGGAAAAUAUGAAAUGUUCAUCAAAGUAAAACCAAAACAGCUUGUAAAAGAUUUUGAGAUUGAAGUAGAUAUCUUUGAGCCCCAGGGUAUCACUGAACUGGAGGCAGAAGGAACAUUUAUCACCAAUGAGCUGCAAAAUACCAUUAAAAAAAGUUUUUCAGGAAAAAAGGGGCAUAUCUCUUUCAAGCCAACUCUUGAUCAGCAGCGAACCUGUGAAAAUUGCUCACAGUCUGUCUUGGAUGGGGAUUUUACUGUAAGAUACGAUGUGAAGAGAACAACUACAGAUAAUUUGCAGAUUAUCAAUGGCUACUUCGUACACUUCUUUGCACCAACAAAUCUUCCGAAGUUGUCCAAGAAUGUUGUUUUUGUAUUGGAUACUAGUGGCUCAAUGAGUGGAAGACCAAUGGAACAGACAAAAGAAGCACUGCUAAAAAUCCUAGAUGACAUUAAAGAAGAUGACUUCUUCAAUUUCAUAUUAUUUGAAAGUGAAGUAUCUACCUGGAAAGAAGCAUUAAUCAAGGCCACUCCUGAGAAUUUGGAUGAAGCAAGGAAGUUUGUUCAGCACAUUUCUGUUGGAGGAGCGACAAAUUUACAUGGUGGUUUGAUGAGAGGAAUUGAUAUUCUGAAUGCUGCUCAUGAGGAAAACCUUGUUCCCAAGAGAAGCGCUUCCAUAAUUAUCAUGUUAACAGAUGGCCAGCCAAACGUAGGUGUAUCAGACACUCAGGAGAUUGAGAAAGCAGUAAAGAAGGCCAUUGAUGGCAGAUACCCCUUAUACAAUCUUGGUUUUGGCAGUGGUGUUGACUACAGCUUCUUGGAGAAGAUGGCACUGGAGAACAAAGGAUUGGCCCGUCGGAUUUAUCCUGACUCUGAUGCAGCUUUGCAGCUUCAGGUGCAGUAAUUACCACAUACAUUAGACCA